GAAUCAUUUUGAUUAUGAUGAUAAGGAUUUUCUUAGCUUGAUAGAAAAAUUGAAGGAGUGCAAUGAAUUCUUUACACCUGCUCGGUUUCAGGUUUGCAAUGCAUUCCCUAUGCUUCUUGAUUAUUGUCCAGGAAGGCAUAACAUAUUUUUUUAAAGUUAUGCAUAUAUUAAGAGUUACCUUUUGAAGAAAAUUAAAGAACAUGAAGAAUCAUUGGAUGUUACAAAUCCUCAUGACUUCAUUGAUUACUUACGAAUUCAAAGACUUCAGGUUACCCUACUCCUCAUUUGUUCCAGCUUUUCCCUAACUGAACCACGGGGGUGCCCAGUGUCUGUCCAUUGGUUGGAGUUAAGUAUCUGCACGUGUCUUUUUCAUCUGCUUGUUGGGCCUCUCAGAGGGCAGCCAUGUUAGGCUCAUAUCUGAAAAUGGCAAACAGCAGUUGAACUAUGCACCAGAACACAUGGUAUCAUUUGUGACUUCCCUGUUUGUUGGUGGGACAGAGUCUUUAAGCUCAACAAUGAGAUUUGCUCUCCUGCUCUUGAUGAAGCACCCACACAUCACAGCUAAAGUCCAGGAAGAGAUUGACCACGUGAUUGGGAGACACUGCAGCCCCUGUAUGCAGGACAGGAGGCACAUGCCCUACACAAAUGCCAUGGUAUAUGAGGUCCAGAGAUUCAUUGGCAUUCCCACAAACAGUGUGCUCCAUGAAGUGAUCUAUGACACUAAAUUCAGAAACUACAUCAUACCCAAGGGGACAAAAGUAAUGAUGUCACUGACAUCAGUGCUGCAUGACAGUAAGGAGUUCCCCAAUCCAGAGGUGUUUGACCCUGGCCACUUUCUAGAUGGGAAUGGAAACUUUAAGAAAAGUGACUACUUCAUGCCUUUCUCAGCAGAAUGCCGUUCUUCUCAAAAAGAGCCCUCUGCUGCAUUUUGCCUCAUGAAAAAAAAAAAAAGGGGGGAAAUUAUUUUAAAGCCCCAAAAUACCAAUGACCAGAGUUACACAAGCCCGGGAGACGUUAACCAGAUGCCAAGAAUGCUCGGCUGUACCAGAGCCUGGGCCUCAAAUCAACCUUCGGGAACCAGAGAGUCGUGGUGCCUCGGACUGCUAGCUAUUUACCCAACCAACAAAAGCGGAAUGGACAGAGAGUUUGUUUUAAAGGCAUCUCUUUUUGUGGAUUUUGUUGUUGUUGUUGCUGCUGCUCCUGCUGCUGUUCUUGUUGUUGUUGUUGUUGUUGUUGUUUUUUCUCCCCUAAUAUCAGGAAAAAGAUUUUUGAUAAAUCUAAGAGUUUGGGUUAACAGGAAAACCAAAUAGAAACAGAAACAAAAACUGGCCCAGAACAGAUUGAGCACAUAUGGGCCUCACGGUCUACCCAAGUUACUCUCCCCCCCAUUCCCUGCCCCCACCCCAGCAAUGUUAGCAGGCAAAAAUAUAUGCCUCAACAUUGUCUAGUUGCUUAAGUAGUUGUGCUUACAAUAAUCAAUACAUUUAACCACUCAUCCACAAAUGCAUUCAAAUUUAUUCUGUCAGUUAUAAACACUGCCUCUGGAACUUACUUAUGUAUAAGGCAUAGUGAACUUCUUUCACUGUUUAUUUC